AUGGAGUCGAGGAUACCGGUUACAAAACUGCUGAUUUUAUUUUCAGCACUAUUUGGCCAUCUCUGCGAGUCAUCAGAAAUGAAAGUGAUUGAUAUACUGAAGCUGCAUGACGCUGCUCAGACUGCGUCUGCAGUGGAGAGUGUGGGUGGAGCCCUGAAGACUGCGUCUGACCUGUACGUGACCUCCACCUUACGACUGCCGCCUAAACUGGGAGGGGUGCUCCUGGGCCUCUACGACAAACAGGACAACAGAAAGUACCUGGAAGUGUCUCUCGUAGGCAAGAUUAACAAAGUUCUCGUGCGGUACGUGCGAUCAGACGGAAAGGUCCACACUGUGAAUCUGCAGAACCCUGCCCUUGCUGAGGGACGCACCCAAUCAAUCAUACUCAAAGUGGGCGGGCUCAGAAGAAGCCACCUCCACCUGGAACUCUACGUCAACUGCCGACUGGCCGAUUCUGCCCAGGGUCUGCCUCUAUUGGCUGGGUUUCCGUCGGAGGCAAAUUCCGUCGACAUCCGUACCGGGCAAAAGGCCUAUGCCAGGAUCCAGGGCUCAGUGGAGUCUCUGAAGGUGGCUCUGGGAGGCUCUUUGGCUAAAGCAGGAGUUCUUAUUGACUGUCCAUUUCAGGGAGACUCUGCUGAAUACAACACAGUUAGCAGUGAUGUGAAUGCCAUUUUGGGUGACCAUACAAAGGCUCUCAUUGGUCAACUCAUUAUCUUCAACCAGAUCAUGGGCGAACUAAGAGAGGACAUCAGAGAACAAACAAAGGAGAUGUCUCUCAUCAGAAACACUAUCCUGGAGUGCCAAGUCUGUGGGUUCCAUGAGCCCCAGUCCCGCUGUCAGCCCAACCCCUGCUACAAGGGCGUGUCCUGUAUGGAGACCUUUGAGUACCCCGGGUACCGCUGUGCCCCGUGCCCAGAGGGCAUGACAGGAAAUGGCACAUACUGCCAGGACAUCGAUGAGUGUACUUUGGCCCAGCCAUGUUUCUCAGCACAGGGGUGUGUGAACACAGCCAAGGGCUUCUCAUGUGAGCCUUGUCCUGCUGGUUUCUCUGGACCUCAUCUCAGCGGGGUUGGCCUGGAGUUUGCCAAGAAUCACAAGCAGGACUGUGUGGAUAUUGAUGAGUGUGCUGACCACUCAGGUGCCUGUGUGCCUAACUCUGUCUGCAUUAAUACGGUGGGCUCAUAUAAGUGUGGUUCCUGUAAAGCGGGUUUUGUGGGGAAUCAGACUACUGGAUGUUUUGUUAGGAGGACCUGUGCCUCUCUGGGCUACCACCCCUGUGAUGUUAACGCCCACUGUGUUAUGGAGAGGACUGGGGAAGUCACCUGUGUGUGUAAUGUAGGCUGGGCAGGUAAUGGCAAUAUCUGUGGUCCUGACUCUGAUAUUGAUGGCUACCCAGAUGAGUCUCUUCCCUGCAUAGACAAUGAUAAACACUGCAGAGCGGACAACUGUCCGUACACGCCCAACUCUGGCCAGGAGGACGCUGACGGGGACGGCAUUGGAGACCAGUGUGAUGAGGACGCAGAUGGAGAUGGAAUCAAAAACGUGGAGGAUAACUGUCGCCUCAUACCCAAUAAGGACCAGCAGAACUCUGACACCGACUCGUUUGGCGACGCUUGUGACAACUGCCCGAACGUUCCCAACGGAGAUCAGCUGGACACGGACGGCAACGGCAUGGGCGACACUUGUGACAACGACAUUGACGGAGAUGGUAUCCCCAAUGUGUUGGACAACUGCCCCAAAAUCCCCAACCCUAUGCAGACCGACCGUGACGGUGACGGGGUGGGGGAUGCUUGUGACAACUGUCCAGAGGUCAAUGACCCCAUGCAGUCAGAUAUGGACAACGAUUUAGUGGGAGAUGUGUGUGACACCAACGAAGACACAGAUGGGGAUGGACAUCAGGACACGAGAGAUAACUGCCCGGAGGUCCCCAACAGCUCUCAGCUCGACUCUGACAACGACGGCAUUGGUGAUGAAUGUGACGACGAUGACGAUAACGACGGCAUUCCGGACGUCCGCCCCCCUGGCCCGGAUAACUGCCGCCUUAUUCCCAACCCCAGCCAGAAAGACUCAGACGGAAAUGGGGUUGGUGACAUCUGUGAGACUGACUUCGACAACGACAAAGUCAUCGACCCAUUGGACGCCUGCCCCGAGAGUUCAGAGGUCACCAUGACUGAUUUCAGGGCCUUUCAAACAGUGAUCUUGGACCCAGAGGGCGACGCCCAAAUUGACCCUAACUGGGUGGUGCUCAAUCAGGGUAUGGAGAUAGUACAGACUAUGAAUAGUGACCCUGGACUGGCUGUUGGCUACACGGCGUUUAAUGGAGUGGACUUUGAAGGUACGUUCCACGUGAACACGGCGACGGAUGACGACUACGUGGGUUUUAUCUUCGGAUAUCAGGACUCGUCUAGUUUCUAUGUGGUGAUGUGGAAGCAGACGGAACAGACGUACUGGCAGACGCUGCCUUUCAAAGCCUCUGCACAGCCGGGACUGCAGCUUAAGGCGGUGAAGUCUCGCACCGGUCCAGGUGAGUACUUACGAAACGCCUUGUGGCACACGGGUGACACGGAUGGAGAGGCCACAUUGCUUUGGAAGGACCCCCGCAACGCCGGCUGGAGGGACAGGACGUCAUACCGUUGGCACCUGACUCACCGACCCCAGGUGGGCUACAUCAGGGUUCGGCUGUAUGAAGGCACAGCCCUGGUAGCUGACUCAGGUGUGGUGAUAGACACCACAAUGAGGGGAGGGCGUCUGGGAGUCUUCUGUUUCUCACAGGAGAACAUCAUCUGGUCCAACCUUGGCUAUCGAUGCAACGACACCAUACCAGAGGACUUUGAACUCUACCAGAAACAGAUGAGUCUACGUAUGGGAAACUAGCACAGCAGCUCCACACACCUGAG